AUGGCUGAGGGCUAUGAGCUCAUCAACCACGAGAGUAACAUUAUGAUGCUAGAGUACGGUGCUCAUAAGGAAUUUGGGGAGUUCCACUUCGUCUUGGAGGCUACACCGGUCAUGAACCAAUACCGCAUCAAGAGCUUUCCGAAUGUCAUUGGCUUGACAAUGGCGUUUAUGCCUGCCAACGGACUUGUCCAUAUUGGGAAUUUUAUCCACAUGAUGGGGAUGGGGGAGAAACUGGACAAGUUGACCCAUGAUUACGACGGUUGUGCAGGCCUGGCCCCAAGUGGCAGCACGGACGUCGCCGCCCUUCUCGCACUGCGAGGACUUUCCCUUUUAUCACCCAAUACCUUUGCGCCACGCUCUUUCCGAAAUGUGGAGCGGAAGCAUGUUGACGAAAAUGAGGAGGGAGAGCAUGAAAGGGUUCAAGAAGAGAUGGACUACUAG